AUGUCGCCUGCCCGAGGAUCUCGGACGCUCAGCAAAGAUGACAUCAACUAUAAACUACAUUUUCGAAUGAUAAAUGAGCAACAAGUCGAGGACAUCACCAUCGACUUCUUCUACAGACCACACACUAUCACGCUGUUGACAGUCACUGUCCUCUGUCUGAUGUACUUCGUAUUUACCAGAGAUGAUGGGAACCCCGACAGUAAUCUGCGCGUGGGGCUGGCGCUGGUUGUGUCAUUCUUCCUAGUCAUCAGUGUCCUGGCUUUCCCCAACGGCCCAUUCACAAGGCCCCAUCCUGUCAUCUGGAGAAUGGUGUUCGGCCUCAGUGUCCUGUACUUCCUCUUCCUCGUCUUCCUCAUCUUCCUCAACUGGGAGCAGGUGAAGGCUCUGCUGUACUGGGUGGACCCCAACCUGCGCUACGCCACACGAGAGGCAGAUGUGAUGGAGUAUGCUGUGAAUUGCCAUGCAAUCACCUGGGAGCGGAUCCUGAGUCAUUUCGACAUCUUUGCGUUCGGCCACUUCUGGGGCUGGGCAAUGAAGGCUCUGCUCAUCCGCAGCUACGGCCUCUGCUGGACCAUCAGCAUCACCUGGGAGCUCACCGAGCUGUUCUUCAUGCACCUGCUGCCUAACUUCGCUGAGUGCUGGUGGGACCAGCUGAUCUUGGACAUCCUGCUCUGCAAUGGAGGAGGCAUCUGGCUGGGCAUGACCGCCUGCCACUUCCUAGAGAUGAGGACCUACCGCUGGGCCAGCAUCAAGGACAUCCAGACCACUAGUGGGAAGCUGAAGCGCGCCGUGCUGCAGUUCACCCCUGCCAGCUGGACGUACGUGCGUUGGUUCGACCCCAUGUCCUCCUUCCAGAGAGUGGCCGGCAUCUACCUCUUCAUGAUCCUCUGGCAGCUGACAGAGUUGAAUACGUUCUUCCUGAAGCACAUAUUUGUGUUCCAAGCCUCCCAUCCUCUGAGCUGGUGCCGCAUCCUCCUCAUCGGCAUCAUCACAGCCCCCACCGUACGGCAGUAUUACGCCUACCUCACGGACACACAGUGCAAGCGCGUUGGAACACAGUGCUGGGUGUUUGGGGCUAUAGCCGCUCUGGAAGCACUGGCAUGUGUUAAAUUUGGCCAAGAUGUCUUCUCCAAAACACAGGCCCUAUAUGUGGUACUGUGGCUCAUAUGCUUGGCCCUCAUAACAUCCCUGUGCUUAUACGGAAUGGUAUGCUACGACCAGAACUAUAGAUCCAGCAUAAAGAGUUUAUCUGAAUGUGAGGAGAACAGUGUCUGUGAAUCCGUUGGGAACACACUGGAUGACCUAACAGGUGAAAAUGAUUAUGGGAAUAAUGAUAACACUGCAAUGCGAAGAAGAGGAGUAUCGGGAAGAAGUCCAAUCAUGAAUGGAAUUAAUGAGAAAAGCCAACAAUGAAACAGGUAGGAAGGCAGAUACUAGGUCCUUUAAAAAGUUUUGAAACAGCAUCUCAAGUGAGUCACAGUAUGAUGUUUGAUUCAGUGUUCAGUUCAUUUCACUCUGAUGUCAGUUUGUUUUUGGUGGCCUGGAAAAAUAUCUGUAUGACUUAAAAUGAAUAGUUAAAAUGAAUCGCUUUUUCAGCUAUCUCUGGACUUGUGGAAUCAUAUAGCAUAUUGCCUUAUCAUAUUUGAGGUUGUGUCAGGUUCCUUUUAUAAGGUCAUUGGAUAUCCCAGUGAAAAUGUGGCGGCGCCUAUUGUUCUGUUAGUUCGGAGGUUGUCUCAGGUUGCACUGAUGAUGUCACUCACUGGAGAUCCUGCCAGUUGAAAAUGUUUCACAGCAUAAGAUUCACUUUGCCUUAGAAAUAUUAACAUGAGAAAGAAUAAUGUGUCCAUGUUGACCAAAUGUGAAAACAGGAGUAUUAUCUUCUAAACAAAUUGAAGACUAUUAUCAAUGACUGUGAACUGAAUUGCCCAAAGGUGUGCGUGCGUGCGUGCGUGCGUGCGUGCGUGAGAGA